CUAUGGCAGUGUGUGAGGAGUAAAUGGCUCAGAGUAUCCGUGGUGGAAAGCGACCUAAACACUGGUCUGGGAACUGAUAAACAAACAACAACAACAGAAAGGUGGGGAACAAACGCGGCGCGUAAAAGCUCUCCACGGCGCACGGAAACUGUGCCAGCUCUCCAAGACGCCAAGAAGACUCUGACGUGAUUUUAUCUUUAUUGGUUGUUUAUUUUUGUGUGUUUACGCGUGGAAAAAACGAGGAUAUCUUUAUUGGACAUGUGAGUUACGGGAGUUAUCAAGACGAGCAGCCGCUUUUUUUUCCCCCCAAGAUGAAGUUCUUCGCCUGCGUCCUCGUCACUUUGGUGGUGAUUCGAUCGAGUGCGGCACAGUCAGUUUGUCCUGGAACAGAGAAUAAGCUGAGCACUCUGUCUGACCUGGACCAGCAGUACCGGACCCUGAAGAAGCUCUAUGAGAACUGUGAAGUGGUUAUGGGAAACUUGGAGAUCACCAGCAUUGAUCGGAACCGCAACCUCUCCUUCCUAAAGUCGAUCAGAGAAGUGACCGGCUACGUGUUGGUGGCUCUCAACCAGUUUGACUACCUGCCGCUGGAGAACCUGCGUAUCAUCAGAGGCACAAAACUCUACGAAGGUCGCUACUCUCUGGCUAUUUUCCUCAACUACAGGCGGGACGGGUACUAUGGCCUGAGGCAGCUCGGCCUACGCAACCUCACAGAGAUACUAAAUGGGGGGGUUUAUGUUGACCAGAACAAAUUCCUGUGCCAUGCGGACACCAUCCAUUGGCGUGACAUUAUCAAGAACCCCCAGGCGGAGCUGCUGGUGGUGCCAUCCAACAACAGCAACCUUGGAUGCCGGCGCUGUCAUCGCUCUUGUAACGGACGCUGCUGGGGCCAUCAGGAAGAUCAGUGUCAAACCUUGACAAAGACGGUGUGUGCAGAGCAGUGUGACGGGCGAUGCUUCGGGCCUUACGUCAGCGACUGCUGCCACCGCGAGUGCGCCGGCGGCUGCUCGGGCCCCAAGGACACGGACUGCUUCGCUUGCACCAAUUUCAACGACAGCGGAGCGUGUGUAACCCAGUGCCCUCAGCCAUUCGUGUACAACCCCACGUCUUUCCAACUGGAGCACAACCCAAGAGCCAAGUACACCUAUGGGGCCUUCUGUGUCAAGAAAUGCCCACAUAAUUUUGUGGUGGACCACAGCUCCUGCGUCAGAGCAUGUCCCAGCAACAAGAUGGAAGUGGAGGAGAACCGCAUCAAAAUGUGCAUCCCCUGCACUGACAUCUGCCCCAAAGUGUGCGAUGGAAUUGGAACAGGCAGCCUGCAGACAGCUCAAACAGUGGAUGCUAGCAACAUUGAUAAAUUUGUCAACUGCACCAAAAUCAAUGGCAACCUCAUCUUCCUCAUUACUGGAAUUAAAGGGGACAUGUAUCACGGUAUUGGGCCUUUGGACCCUGAGCGUCUUAACGUGUUCCGCACUGUGAAGGAGAUCACAGGUUACCUCAACAUCCAGUCCUGGCCUGAGAACAUGACAGACCUGAGUGUGUUUUCAAACUUGGCAACCAUUGGAGGUCGCACCCUUUACAGUGGAAGUGGCAUUUCUCUCCUGAUCUUGAAGCAGCGUUGGAUCUCCUCUCUUAAGUUCCAGUCUCUGGAUGAGAUCAGUGCCGGCAACGUCUACAUCUUCAACAACAGUCGCCUGUGCUUCUACAACACGGUCAACUGGACAUCGCUCUUCAGGACGACCAGCCAAAAAGUCCUGAUCCGGAACAACCAAGACCCAAAAGAAUGCACCCAACAGCGGAUGAUAUGUGAUCAGAUGUGUUCAGACGACGGGUGCUGGGGUCCAGGACCCGACCAGUGUCUCUCCUGUCGGUAUUUUAGACGAGGCCGAACCUGUGUCGAGUCCUGCAACCUUUUUGACGGGGAAAUUCGAGAAUUCGCCAAUGGAUCAGUGUGCCUGGAGUGUGAUAGCCAGUGUGAGAAGAUGGAUGGGAACACCAUGACAUGUCACGGCCAGGGCCCGGACCAGUGUGUAAAAUGCCUCCACUUCAAAGACGGCCCCAACUGCGUGGAGAAAUGCCCCGACGGGUUGCAAGGCGCCAACAGUUUCAUCUUCAAGUAUGCCAAGGCCAACAACGAGUGUCAUCCCUGCCAUGCCAACUGCACCCAAGGGUGCAUCGGGCCGAGGCUCCAAGAUUGUGUCGGCAUGAUGGACAGGACACCGCUAAUAGCAGCUGGCGUUAUCGGCGGCCUAUUCAUCAUCGUCAUCCUGGCGCUCAGCGUGGCCGUUUAUGUCCGACGCAAGAGCAUCAAGAAGAAGAGAGCCCUGCGGCGCUUCCUCGAGACGGAGCUGGUGGAGCCUCUGACCCCCAGUGGAACGGCCCCCAACCAGGCUCAGCUUAGGAUCCUUAAAGAGACAGAGCUGAAGAGGGUCAAGAUUCUGGGAUCAGGGGCCUUUGGAACAGUAUAUAAGGGCAUCUGGGUCCCAGAAGGUGAGACGGUGAAGAUCCCUGUGGCUAUUAAAAUCCUCAACGAGACCACCGGUCCUAAGGCCAACGUGGAGUUCAUGGACGAGGCCCUGAUCAUGGCCAGCAUGGAGCACCCCCACUUGGUUCGUCUCCUGGGCGUCUGCCUGAGCCCGACCAUCCAGCUGGUCACCCAGCUCAUGCCCCACGGCUGCCUCCUCGAUUACGUGCACGAGCACAAGGACAACAUUGGAUCCCAGCUGCUGCUCAACUGGUGUGUCCAAAUUGCCAAGGGGAUGAUGUACCUGGAGGAGAGGAGGCUCGUCCACAGAGACCUGGCUGCCCGUAACGUGCUGGUGAAGUCGCCCAAUCACAUCAAGAUCACUGACUUCGGCCUGGCGCGACUGCUGGACGCCGACGAGAAGGAGUACAACGCAGAUGGGGGCAAGGUUGGUAUGCCAAUUAAAUGGAUGGCUCUGGAAUGCAUCCACUACAGGAAGUUCACCCAUCAGAGUGACGUGUGGAGUUAUGGAGUGACCAUCUGGGAGCUGAUGACAUUUGGUGGCAAACCCUACGACGGCAUCCCCACGCGGGAGAUCCCGGAUAUUCUGGAGAAAGGGGAGCGACUGCCCCAGCCGCCCAUCUGUACCAUUGAUGUCUACAUGGUCAUGGUCAAAUGCUGGAUGAUUGACGCAGACAGUAGGCCGAAGUUCAAGGAGCUAGCUGCUGAGUUCUGCAGGAUGGCUCGUGACCCGCAGAGAUACCUGGUCAUCCAGGGGGAUGACCGCAUGAAGCUUCCGAGCCCCAACGACAGCAAGUUCUUCCAGAGUCUGCUGGAUGAAGAGGACCUGAAUGACUUGAUGGAUGCUGAUGAGUACUUGGUGCCAAGGGGGUUCAACAUGGCUCCUCCGUCAUACACAACCAGGCCUCGAGUUGACUCCAACAGAAACCAGUUUGGCUACCGAGACGGUGGUCCAAACCCCGCAGAGGGCUCUGGGUCAAGUGCCCAAGCCUGCUCAAACCAGGAAGCUACUGGUGGACCCCUCCCGGCCCUGGAUGACCAGCGCUGUAAUGGGAGCUUACAUAAGAAGAGCAUGAGCCAGGCCGGGGGAGAGGACAGCGGGGGCCAGAGGUACAGCGCCGACCCCACCAUCUUCCUUGGAGACAGGGCGUCCAGAGGGGACACUGAUGAGGAUGGAUACAUGACACCCAUGAAGGACAAAAGCUCCUCAGAAUACCUGAACCCCAUUGAGGAAAACCCUUUCGUAUCAAGACGUAAGAAUGGUGAAAUCCAUGCCUUGGAUAACCCGGGCUACCACAGCACACCAAACAGCCAGCCAAAAGGAGAGGAUGAGUACAUCAACGAGCCCCUCUACCUCAAUACCUUCCACAACCCCGCUGAGUUGGGCCUAGAAGCCCUGAGGAGAAAUGGUCUGCCACUCCCCACCCAGCCUCCUUCUUCCAUCUCAGCCACAACUUCAGGUUCCCACCUCCCACUUACCAUCCAGACCAGCCUGCCCCACUACCCCCUCCCCUCGGCUCAGCCUUCUCCAUCUGGCAUUGCUUGCCUCCACGGCCCACCAACCCACAUCCUCCACACCCACCAUACCCUCAAACCUGCAGGACAACCUGGCAAUCCAGGUGGUGCCGCUGCCAUCCUGAGCCAAACAGGAACUUCUGCCCAAACCCAGGUGUGCCAGUCGGGCACCCUGUCGACUUCAGCAACCAUUGGGCAUGGCAGCCUGCCAGCUUACCAGAGCUUAACCACAGCUCACCCUGCCAGUUUGCUGAAGCACGGAGGAUUAACAUCAGGUAAAGCCCCUGGGAAGAAGCUGAAGGUGACCUUUGACAAUCCAGAGUACUGGCAGCACAGCUUGCCUCCUAAACCGUCAAACCAGGCACUCCCUGAUGGCGCCCAAGGUGGUUCCACCAAUGCCAAGCUCUUCUAUAAGCAGAACGGACAUAUACGGCCGUCUGUAGCUGAAAACCCCGAAUACAUGUCAGAGUUUUCCUUGAAAUCUGGUACCGUCUUGCCGCCUCCACCCUACCGGCAGCGGAACACUGUGGUCUAGAUCGUGCCCAUUUGCCGAACUUUCCUCUAUUUGACUCUAGCCUCCAGCAAUCCUGAAUUCCUCUCCGGUUCCACUGUUCCACACAAAAGGGAAAGGCCUCAACAAGAGCCCAUCCCUAAUUCUUUCCAAAUAACACGCCAUCUACUGUAGAGUGUAGCAACAUCCGGAGGAAGUGGACCGAACCGAACCAAGCAGACCCAACUCAGACUCUCCAACCUUCACUACAUCCAAUCCAGUCCAUUUUCUGUUCUGUAGAUAGAGACUGCGCUCCAUGCCACUGAGGAUGUGAAGGUUAUGGAAGUUUUUUGGCGAUGUAAUAGUCACACAGCCAAGGACAUACCGUGUCGUCCCAUCAAAGGAAACCACAAUGGGCGUCAAAUAAGAUGGAUUCAACUUCGAGGGCCUGAACUCACUGCCAGUCACUGCGGUGUCAGUUUCACGAGAGGAACAAAAUGUUUUAUUAUUCUUCUUUUCCAGGUCGGGGGAUGAACAUUUCUCUUCAGAGGGGCUUCUGAAAUAAGCAAACAGAUGGAGCAAGUACACUCUGUUAGAUGUCAAGAUGUUUUGUGAAUGACCUUGUUGAAAAAGGCGAAAUAUGGAGGAAAAAAGACUGAAAGGUUUAGUCGAGAGAGUGACUUCCAGAAACAUUAAAGUUGGAGCACUGAAAGCUGAUCAAUCAUUCAAUCUUUUAGUGUACGGGAUAUACCGUACCUUCACAAAUUUUCCAUUAAAUAUGUGAAAUUCAUCUCAUCUUUCUACUGUAACUGUGAUACUGUGACGGCCAAAACUACAAUGACCCCUCCUGUCACAUUUGUAGUCAAACCAUGGACUUUUAUAACUUGCCUAAAAAACACAAGGCAUCUGCUGUUUUCUGUUUCUUGCUUGACUGCUGUCUUAUUUAAAAAAUCUGGUCAAUAGCAAGUCUUUCCAACCCAAAGGUAACAAGGGAAUAACACACUGUAAACAACUCUAUAAACACUGGUUGCAUUGCUGAAAAUAUGAAGUUUUAUACACUGGUUUUCCCUUCGGAUCUUGAGGCAUGAGCAAAGGGUGUGCAAGGCUGGUUAGAGAAACUGCUGGAUCUGCUAAAUAGUUUGAUAAGGCCAUCCAUGAAGCAGCCAAACUAAAAAUGUUGAUCAUAAAGAUGGAUAGUGAUAAAAGAAGGAAAUAGAGAAAGAGAAAAUCUACAGAGAGGGGAUCGAAAGUUCAUGCAGGCUGCUUAAUGAAGACCGCAAGGAAUGAGCGAGGCAGCACCAGCAGAGCACAGAAAAAGACUGCUUUCUUUGUGUAUGUGUGUCUGGUUUAGUGUGGAUGGAAGGAUUUUGUGUAUUGGCAUAUAAGCAAGCCAGGGUUACUAUACUCGUCAGUAGAUGGACUGUGAACAUUGUGCUAUACGGCUGUAGUCACGCAUUUCUAAAGAUGGUGGUUCCACCGCAUAAAAGCACCAAACAGUAUUAGAUCUUUUGGAGGUUUUGAGGCUCUUGUUCAUUGUUUUGCUGAAAAAGUUGGAAUGUGGAGGCCUCAUGAAGGAUCUCUUGACACGCAGGAAGUCAAAUUUGAGUGAAUCCUUUGCUGAAUUGUGUUACCUCCACACAGCUUCUGAGCUGAUCUGUUUCAGUGUUAUCUGAUAGACUUCUCUUGACCCAUACACUUAAAUAGUAGUAAAUAUGUGUAUACUUCAAGUGGAGUGGCGAUUUUAGUCGCAGGUUAGGCCCCGUUUACACGACAACGUUUUCGAGUGAAAACGCAAAAGAUCUGUAGCAUUUUGGCUGUCCGUCUACACUGCAACAGCGUUUUAGUGCCUGAAAACGGAACUUUUUGGAAAAGGGCUCCAGAGUGGAAGUUUUUCAAAAGGCCCCCAUCUCCGUGUAAACAGGGAAACCGGCACUUUCUGAAAACAGACAUGCGCAUUGCGGCUGCAGUAAAUAUCCAUGCACGGAGUAGUCUUAUAACGCAUGCGCAGAUGGGAAGCCAAAAAACAAAACAAAGAUGCCCAACGCCAGUGUACUGUGCUCCUCUCUCUUUUGAAUUUAACUGUACUUCUCCAACAAAGUGUUGAUUUACUUCACCAUCAGUUGGAUAUUCUGACUUGACCCAUACGCCGUCGAAGGGCAGCCCGAAGGCAAUAUUGGACAUUGUAAAAUCACACCGCCAUCUACUGGCCUGGCAUGUAUACUACAUCGUUUUUGGUGUUUCCUGCAGUCUCGUGUGAACAGUCUCAUUUUGAAAAUGUUGCCGCCUGAACGUGGAACUUUUUGGAAACAAAAACAGAAAACAAAGCAAAACGCUGUCGUGUAAACGGGGCCUUAGUCAAGCUACUUUUGACCGCGUUGUCUAAGUAUGGGUAAACACUAGAUGACUUUCAAAUCUUAUCUGAUUUUCAAAUUGGGUGUAACACAGAACCUCUUGUGAUGGCCAUUUCAGACUGGUUGCAUGACAGCUGCGUUAGACAGCUGAUUUUCAUUUCGGCAUGCAUGUUAUUGAGACAGGGCUUGCAGACUCCCUGCAUUAGCGCCCCAUAUGUGCAUCUCAUGAGGCAAGAAUUUGGACUAAGUGGUUCUCAGAUGGUGGGUCAGGACCCAAAAGUUGGUCACAUUGUCCUUUUCAGUAAGUUGUGCAGGAAUUCCUGGGAAAAAAAAUUGUGCCUGGCUGCAGACCGUUCAUCUCUGAAGGCCACUCUCAUCGGUCUUCUGUUCUGAGACACCAUCUAUCUCAGAACGUAAAUACACACUAAAACACUCCAAAUAAAGUUAGAUUAAACUUCCAUUAAGAGUUAGGGUAAGAGUUGGGAUACGAAGAGUUAAAAGUUAAAAACCUGACCUGCAAACUCUGAUGCAAAACGUUAAAUAAAGCUGAGUAAACAGUCUGAAUACAGAAAAAAGCUUGGUCUACAUGAAAGCACUCUAAUGCAGCAAGUGUUGCUAACAAAGCUCAACUGCAUAUGCUACAUAUAUGGAGCUAUGUAAUUACUGUAUCUAACAUAGCAAAAGCUAAGCUCACAUAGCAUACAAAGUAUGCUACAUAUCUACAUCAUUUAUGUGCUAAAUUAGCUUUAGCCACAUUUGCCAAAGCUCACAUUGCUUAAGCUAACUUAGCCAUAGAUAACAGAGCUAAAUUGUUAGUGUAGCUAAAGCUAAGCUCACAAAGCAGCUAUGUAAGCUAUGUAGAGACAUUAUUUACAUAGUUAUGUUUGCCAAACAUGGAAAUACGUUGUACCGGCAAAUUAUGGCACUUCCUUUAUGAGAUACACGGUGUCUCGGAUGAAUCAUCUGUGAGGGUGGCAGUCAGAGUUGUUAGAGAAAAACUCUAUUCUCAGCCAGUAGGCCCAUGUGGGCCCCAUAUGGGUUGUAUGUAUAUGGGUCCUCAGUGGCAGGUUCCAUGGCCUCACCUCAGUCCGUGCCCCCUUAGUCUUUCAACCUGUUUGAGACCAAAAUAGGCUCCAUCUCAAAUAAAAGUCCACAUGGGCAAUUACAGUUGGGGCCACCAUGGAACCCGUAGACAAACCCACAUGGGGCCUGUAUUUACAGUCUGCAUAUGACCCAUUUGGGUACUAUAUGGACAUGCUGGCUGGGUUGUUUUGUCCUGUCUUGUUUAUUUGUCAUGUUUUGUACUAUCCAAGGUCCAUACUUUACCACUUCGUAGUUGUAGUUUCUGAUUGAUGGGUCUUGAGGUUCAGCCAGUUAAAAACUACUGAUCUAGAGAAUAGAGGGCUUCCCCCAAGCUCCACUUGUCUCUUAGCCAAAAUAGACAGGAAAAUGAUAAAAGAAAUGCUACGUUUACCUGGUUUAGUAGAAAUGUAUAUUAGCAUUGGUAAUUCAGGUUACAGGGGGGAUCAUCACAGUAGGGUUACGCUUCCAGCAUUGUGCUUUUCAAAGUGGUUGGUGUGGUUCGCAUUUAUGCAGAGAAACUUGCCUCAUUGUCUGAGUUUUCCUGGCUCAGUUAUCCAAUUAAUCAAGCCCCUUGUAAGGAGAUUGGGAGCCAUAGCACGCCACAGAAAUCACACAGCAAACACACAACCAGUCUGAAAUGGACUAUGCAACAUCCAGUUGGUGAUGCUUCCCAGGUUAACUGUUUUCAUCGGCUGUUUCAGGUAUUAAAUAUCAAUUAAAGGCUUGAUAUUUAAGAUUUCGGAUUGGAAAGGUUCUGACUCAACUGAGAGCAGUAAUACCACAACUUAAAGGAUUAUUUGGACAGCGAAUUGGUUGGGACAAGCCUUGAGCCAUGCCACACCUUUCUGAUCAUUUGCGGGUACAAAUCGGGGCUGAAAUCAUCUUGUACAUUCCUAAGCUUAGAUCAAUAACCACACAAAAACUCUAGGCCAUUUCUGACUGACAUAAAAGCUAAGGAUAAACUUAAAAGUGCCCUUUUUGGUUCAGGUUUAUGAAUGAAUGUCUUGAAAUUUUGAAGGACCUAAUCGAGAAGACGUGAGAAUCUGAUCGGUCUCAUUAGUAGUAAGUUUAAGAUAAUUCUACUAGGCAAGCUCUGAAUUGGUGAAGUGCACACUGAUUUUGUGUUUUGUUUGUUUUCCAUGGAAAUGUCUGGUUAAAGUUGCUCUGUCCAGUAUUUUCAAACUCCUUUAGGUGAUACAAAGGCACUGAUAGUACUUGGUUGGCUGUGGCCUGUUCUCAGUAUCCCUCAUCUUUGAGUCUUUUAAGCCUCUUCAGAAGUAUGCUUUUUACUUCGACUUGUUUUUGCCCUUUUACUCCCGUGUAAAUAGAGUACACAACUGAUGCCUCUGCAGGCAAUCUGCCAGUCAAUGCUGCUAUAAGCGCUGGUGUUACAGCCAUUAUUUCUUCCGCCAAGCCAUACCGAUUCAUAAGAACUGUGUGUGGGAAAACACCAAGUCGGUAAGCUAUGGUUUGCCUCAGAGGUUGUUGUGCAAUAUUCCCUUAGAAUAGUUUCAUAGUUCAGUCAGUAUCUUGUAGUUCCUGAACCUCUAGUGAGUUUUCCCAGUCAUAAUGCAUGUAUCAUUAACAUUACUGUGUAGUCAUUGUUUCUUAAAAGCUUUUUCAUCAUGCUGCGGCAUGAGCAAAGCCUUGUCCCAGCUGUUUUCAUGUGUAGGAUGUUUAUUUUGUGUAUUUUAAUGUGUGUGUGUGUGCGUGAGUGAUCCUGUGAGUGCAUGCAAAGCUGCACAUUUUCCCCAUGGAGCACUUUGAUCAAACUCGUGGGUAGAAAGAAAAGGAUUUCCACCCUCGUUACUGAAAUAUUGAACUUGUUUAUUUGCUCAUUUACCACUUCAGAAAGAUAAAGUCUUUCCCCAGAAAUCAAACGAAGGUACAGCAGCCAGUUCACCAAGUCGACAGUUUUUAAGCGGUACUGACCAGCUUGAAGAAUGUCCCUGCUUCCAAGUUUUGUGUUUGCUUUCGACAGUAUUUAUAACGCUGCUUUGAUGAUAUCAUGAUUAUUUGAUGAACGAGUAUUUUGUAAUCCCGUUUGGAGCUCUAAUUCAAUGAAAUGGAGACAGCAUUUAAUAUCAAUGUGAAAUAUUUAUGGUGUGCUUGAGCUUGUUUAUACAGAGUGAUGGAAGCCGCUGCCAAAUCUGGGUUUCGAGACAAAAAAACAGAAAGUGCGAUGAAGCGAAAAGAAACACACAUGCCUCAGUUACCCUCUUAUUUGGUCUGAUUUAGACUGCAGACCCAGGAUAAAAUAUACAUUUGACUGAAACUAAAGCAAUGAUGAGGAUAAAUGACCAAAAAUGUGGUGUUUUUGUCACACAAAAGCCUUGUUGAACUCCAAGGAUGAGCUACAAACUGUUUUAUUUCAGGUAAAAUUGAUGAUUUAACCCCUAUGCUAAUGGUCUUGUUGUUAGCCUGUGCUGCUAACUAUCUCAACCCUAAACACUAAUUACAGCUACUUUACCAUUCUCACAUGGUGGCCAUUUUUUCUUAUGUCAUGCUAACUUUGUUAGGCUGUGUCUUCAGGUAUUAAGUACUAUGUUUUAAAGGAAUGAGACCAUUUAACCAUUUAGAAGCAAUAGAAAACACUGCAUCUAAUGAGAAUUUCAAGCUAACAUGUUAGCAUUAUUUUUAAUAACCCAUAGGCUAUCGUUGAAUAUCAGUCCUUUCCAUGGCCAAUAUCAUUGUUAGCAAGGAGAUGUCUAAAUGCUAGCAUUGCUUGAUGACAGUGUUGUAAAGCCAGAUAGCAAGCUAGUACUUGCAAAAGGUAGCAAAAUGCAAACAUUAGCCAUUGUCUGUUAUUAGCUAAUUAGUUAUCAAAGAGAUGUUCAUUAUUUUUAAUUUGGUUCUGCCUUUUCUAUGGUAUGUUAAAAACUUCCAAAGGGUAAUGUGCAUAACUGGUAACAACUAAAAUGCUAACAUUACUAUAAGACAUUGUUGUACAAACGUUUUGGCAAGGUAAACACUUAGCUACAAAGAAAGUGAAGAUGCUAACAUGGCCAAAAAGUUAUCAAAGUUCAUGACAUUACAGUAUUUAGUCUGUUUAUGCAUUUCUAUUGUAAGCUAUGACAUUUUCAAUAGGUAUUAGCAUUAAACUGCCUUCUAGCUAACGGUAAUAUUGGAUAGAAAAUAAUGACCGCUAAAAUGUGUUGUUUUUAACAGCUAAUGGGUUUUCAAUUUUGUUUGUAAUUUGAAGCAUAGGCAGACAUCCAUUGGAAUUUUUUUUUUUUUAAUUAAAAACUGAAAACACAAUGUGGCCAGUAAAAAUUUCAAGCUAACAGGAUAGCAUUGAAUUUGGUAGUCCAAAAGCUACUGUUAGAAAAAGGCUAGUCUUCAAACUCAGACAUUUCCAUUGCUAAUAUCAUUGUUGGCUACAUAGUGUAUAAGUGCUAACUAGCUUAAUGACAGUGCUAGAUAGUACAAUAGCAUAACUGUAAACGUACCAGCUAGUUCUAGCAAGGAAUGGGGGAAUGUAAACAUUAGCUGUUGUUGGCUAAUAACUACUUGGUUUUCAAUAGAUGUUAUUUUUUAAAUCCAGUUUGGUUUGAUCUUUUCUACUGUUUGUUAAAAUCACCUAAAGGUAUAUUGUGAAAACCUCGCCAAGGUCAGUGCUACAAAGAAAGUGAAGAAUGCUAACAUGGCUAACAAACUGACUGUUAUUUUUUACAGUAUUUAGUCUUUUUAUGCCAUUUCUAUUGUAACUUAUGGCAUUUUCAAAUGGUAAUGUAAGUAGUAAUACACUUUCUAGCUAACAGUAACACUAGAUAGGAAGUAACGAACGCUUAAAUUUGCUGCUUUUUAACAAUAUAGCAACUUUUUUGGUUCUAACUUGAAAUGUGGACUGGAAAUCCGUUUGAAUUUUCUUCUUUUUUUGAAUAAUGAACUGAAAACACCACUUAGCCUGUAAGAUAUUCAACAUAGCAUGACAGUGUUGCAUUUUGUUGUCCAUAAGCUACCAUUAGACAAAAGCUAAUAUUAAAACUGAGCCAUUUCCAUGGCUAAUACUGUCUCUCACUAGAAGUGUCUAAGCACUAACUAGCUAAAUGACAGAACCAUAUGAUACAAUGGCAUAACUCUAAACUUACUUAGCCAGUACUAGCAAGGAAUGGGGGAAUGUGAACAUUAGCUGUUGUCAGUGAAUAGCUAAUUGAUUAUCAAAUGUUGCACCUUUUUUACUGUAUUUUAAAACUCUGGCAAAGAGUAAUGCUAGAAAGAAAGAGCUAACAUAACCAACAGGUUAUCAAAGCUGUUUUUACAGUAUUUAGUCUGUUUAUGCCUUUUCUCUUGUAUCCCAAAGCAUUUUAAAAGGUGAUGUUAGCAUCAAUCUGCUUCAGCUAACAGUAAUAUUAGAUAGUUAUUUAAAAAACACUCAGAUUUGCUCAUUUUUAGAUAUGUGGUAUUAACUUGUGAUAUAGCCUGAUAUCCAUUUCAGUUUCCUUAAAUUAUUGAUAAAAGCUACUAAUAUCACCGUUUAGCCGGGGAAAAUGUCAAGCUAACAGGAUAGCAUUGAAUUUGGUAAUCCCUUAGCCACCAUCAGGAAAAAAAGCUAAUUUGAAAAUUCAGCCAUUUUAAUGAACAAUAGUGAGUUUUCAGAUUUAAUACAUGUUAUUUUGGGGUUCUUAUUGUUAAGUAGGCAAUUAGAUAAAGCCAAAAACCAGGAAGAGAGAGUACAUAAUGGUGUGUUGUUGCGAGUCAUGCCUGAGCAGCCAGUUUUGACAGCAAUAGCAUUUGUAAACAGUGCUAGCAUCACCGCUAGAAUAUUUGGCACCCCCUUUUUUUUUUUUUUAACAAUGUUUAGUCACUUAAUGCCUUUUUUCUGUCAUUUAACAUUUUCAGAAACUAGUGUUGGCAUUCAGUCACCUUAAGCUAACGCCAAUCUAGCUGAAUUGCUGUUCUCUGUUGGUGACUAUUCAAAUGUGUUGUUUUAACUUUAACAUUUGGAUUUUUACUUUUUAAUGUUCAUUUUAGUGUUUAAUCUAGAAAUAAUUUAAAUAAUAAUAACUUCCCAUUUUAAAUAGUUAUUAUAGCAAUACCAUUUCAGUCCCUUAUCUCGCAUCAAAGGAGAAUGGCUGCCAUGUGAAUGUGGUCAAAGGCAAUUCAACAACACAAUCAUGACAACAUACCUUUUUAAUGUUUUGGUCCGAGCCAAGGUGCAGAGGCAUGUAGCCGUGUUGUACUGAAGUCAAUUUGUCAUCCUCAGUCAUAAUUUCCCAUGUAGGCUGCGGUGUAGUCUAAUGUAUAGCUCAAUUUCACCUUGCAUGGUACCCAAGUGAGUGUUUCACUGCCCUCCAUCUUUGUAUUUCUUCAUUAAAGACACUGUAUUCAAAUAUCUUACCAGGAAAGUGGGCAGUGUGGGAGGAAAUAAGCUGAUUAUUCUGAUUUUACUGAAUUCAGUAGCACAAACUUGGAACUCUUAUUUCUGAACUCUUUUUGUAUAUUACCUUAUAUUAUUGAGUUUUGUUUUCUCCAUAUUAUUAAGGAUGUUUUUCUUCAAGGAAAAAGACUUGAAUCGAUAUGAUUUUACCACUAUUGUGUUUGUUUCUGCAAAUAUUUAACAUGCAAAUUUUUUGUUGUUUAGCUAAAUUGCACAAAUCAUUGCUUACACAAACAGGGGUCAUACAUUCAUCAUUGUUGUGUUUUAAAUUAUCGAAAUCAGUAUAAAUGUACAGAAUCUGUGGGGUUUCCCUCCAAAACUUAUCUAACACACUUCAACAACAAAUGUGAAUAGUAUUUUUAUAAAAGCACUGAGACGGCCGAAAGUGGCGAAUUUGUAAAUAAGGAGGCGAUGCUUUGAAUUUAUAUGGUCUUCUCUCCUACUGCUGUUUUCUCCUGCUUAUACCAACUUGUACAAAAAGAGGCGUACAUAUUUGCUUUAUGUAAGUGUACCUUUUUGACUAAUGGGACUUUGAUUUCAAAAGUGCUUGUUGAACCCUUUUCUCACGUGGAAACUCUGUUCAGUGGCCCCUUUUUCCAGAGAUUCGUGGCUGUCCUCAUGUAACAUUUAGGUCUAGGUGAACACUGUUAAAGUGACGAAUGGUGAAAAGUGGCGAAAGGGGUUGUUCAAUUCACCCAGUACGUCUGUCUCCUCUCCUCUUUACCUUUCAUAUCUCAUUUAUCCUUCAUUAAUGGGAACACCAAACUUCUUUUUUCUGUUUUCCAAUAGAACUGACACCAGUGCUGCCAACCAACCCGGAUUAAACUGGGAUUCUCUUCUCUGCUAACUUUCUACUGGAAAAUCUAACUGAGCCAAGUCUGACCUCCACCUCUUCCCUGAAAGGCAGAGCACAGCCUUUACAAUACAACCUCUCUUUAUGGGUUCAUUUCCAGUUUAUUUUGCAUGCUUUUAGAGGAGGCAUAAUGGAGAGAAGACGUCCCCAAGUAUCUCCCCUUGACUUCCGUUAGCUUCCCCCCUCUUAUGUCUGAGUUAUUUGAAACCAUACCCAAAGCUUUAUAUCAUAGAAAUACCGUUCCUCAUGUUUGUUACAUGAAUCUGUCAAAAGUAUAUUUUUAAUUUAAUAUAAAUAAAGAUUGAUUCAGUAUA